CACGGCCUCUUGCGCAGACGACGUGAAACCAGUACGGAGGAGACCACGGACACAAUGGCGGAACCUCUGCCUUCGGCCACGCAAGCAGCCAAAGCUGACAGCGCUUCAACCGCGCCCGAUGACCUUCCCGCCAACGCUGAAGAUCGCGCCGCUGUAGUCGCUCUCUCCUCUCUCAACACCACCGCCGCAGCCACCGAGGAUGCCCAGACGGGGGUUGCUCUCCCCUCGAAAGCCGACCAGGAGGCGCUGGGCAAGGCGAUGAGUCGGCUGGAGGCUCUUGCGAGUGCGACUGGGAAGGCUGGGGGCAGCGCUGCUGCGGCCACGGGUGCAUCGAAGAAAGAUACUACUCCCGCCGGAAAGAAGGAGGAAGAGAAGGUUGUCAAGAAGCCUGCAGUGAAGGUCAAGGCGGAAGAUGUCAACAUGUUGGUUGAACAACUUGAUCUUGCUAAACCAAAAGCUAUUGAACUGUUGAAAACACAUGAAAACGACCCUAUCAGGGCCUUGCGUGCGUUUAUAAUGCCGCCUACAUCUGCUGCGUGAAGUCCGCCAAACCCUGCCUUGUUUAAGAGCAGCUUCGGAUACUCGGGAGGUUUUGGCCUGCAUAUCUUUCCAGGCCAUAUGGAUGUAAAGCGUUGAAGUGCUCUUGUGACAUUAAGGAAGUAUGCUUCAAAAAGUAUGAGGAUCCACCAGGUUAUCUCUCCAUUGCCACCCCCACAAUCCACAGAGAAUGCUCGGCGAUUAAAGCACUGGCUUCGGAUUUAAUAGCAUAUAUGCGCGGAUGUAUGUAUGUAUGUAUGUAUGUAUGUAUGUAUGUACAUAUAACCCGGAUUGGAUAUAUGUGUGGAUCACAUAUACCAAAACAUGCGAUCACAAAAUCAGACUUCUUUUACAGGAUAGCCAAAA